AUGCCCUUCAUUGAGCUCCGGGGACGUCCCCUUCUCUUCGUCAUUCUCAUUACAUCUGGUGUCGAUUUCCUCCUCUUCGGCUAUGACCAAGGUCUGUUUGGUGGCAUCCUUGCCGGCGAACGAUUCCAGGAUAUGCUUGGACAGCCCGAUCCUACCAUGAGCGGCCUUGUUACAGCGAUCUAUGAUAUCGGGUGUGCGUUGGGAGCAGUCGGGGCCUUUGUCUAUGGCGAGAAGAUUGGCCGCAAGAGAUCCAUCAUCUGGGCGAACGUGAUCGUCAUUGUUGGCGCUACUAUCCAGACUGCCUCCUAUAGCUACUGGCAAAUGUUCGUUGCUCGCAUCGUCGCCGGUGUUGGAGUCGGUCUAAGUACAGUCGCCGUCCCAAUUCUCCAGUCGGAAACCCUUCCGGCUCACAACCGCGGCGCUCUUCUCGUUGUGCAGUCUGCGCUCAUCAUCAUCGGUGUUGCUAUUGCAUCGUGGCUUUGCUUUGCAACACUCUAUGCAAACAACUCCAUGCAAUGGCGCUUUCCGGUUGCUUGCCAGGUGCUGUUCUCACUCAUCGUUCUGGUUCUGUGCCUCUGGAUCCCUGAGACACCCAGGUGGCUCGCCCAACACGGACAGAAGGAAAAGGCACGUCACGUCAUCGCCUGUUUACUGAAUAAACCGGACGACGACCACGAGGUGGAAGGCCAACUGUCCGAGAUCUUGGAUAACAUCGCUGCCGAAAACACCGAGGAAGAACCCACUUGGAGCGAAGUUUUCAGCAAUGCCACCAAGGCCAGGAACCUCCAGCGCGUUGUUCUCGGCAUGGGUCCAUACAUGAUGAAUCAAUGGAGCGGCAUCAACGCAUUGUGCUACUACCUGGCCUACAUCCUGCAAGAAUAUCUAGGCUACUCGCAGAGCAUGGCACUCAUCCUGGCCUCUGUGGCGUUCACGCAGUACGCGAUUUUCUCCUGGCCACCGUAUUUCUACAUCGAUCGCAUCGGCCGCCGCUGGACGGUGAUGCUCUCCUCCGCAGGAUGCGCGAUCUGCAUGGCCAUCAUCGCGGGCUGUCUCCUGCAGCAAAAAUUCUCCAUGGCCGCUGCGGCAGUCGCCUUUAUGUUCCUGUACCUCGACUGCUUCACGCUUGGUAUCCUGCCCGUCUCAUGGUCGUAUUCGGCGGAGAUCCAGCCUCUCCGCGUCCGGAACAAGUCGACUGCCGUGGGCGUGUUCAGUCACUGGCUGUCGAACUUCGUCGUCGUCAUGGUCACUCCGAUUGGUCUCGACAACAUCGGAGGAAACUACUUCUGGAUCUGGGCCAUCGUGUGCGCCUCAUUCAUCCCACUCACGUAUUUCUUCGGCGUCGAGACCUCAGGCCGCACGCUCGAGCAAGUCGACCAGAUGUUCUUCGACGAACCACGUAUCCUGAUGGGCCUGAACCCCAACCAUACACGUGUGUUACGCUACACUGCUGCUGAUGAGGAGCAGCGAUUCAAGCAGUUUGGAGAGAAGAGAUUGUCGGUCUCGCAGACUGAGGAUGUCGUGAAAUCAUGA